AUGAGCUUGCCGGAGAACGGGGUGAGCGGCGCCGGCAGCGAGGACCUCACGCUGCUGCAGCCUUUCCUCUCCGUGAAUAACAUCAUCGGGGGGAUGAUUUACUAUAUCCCGUUCGUCGAAUCCCGCGUGGAGUUCUUUCGGCGACGGAGUUUGGAGUGUGCGAUGGCGAACGACAAGGCCACAGGGGGGGGGGCAGGGUCAAACCUUCCGCAAUCGAACUCGCACAGUUCAGGGCGGCACCUCAGUGUGCUCCCUGGCGUGCCCACCGAUUUUGUCGACGAUGAAACCGACGCGAUGAUGUGGUUCCGCCGAAUGCAGAAAGCAGAAGAUCAUCUCAAAAGACUGUUAGCCGCAUCACAGAAGAGCGGAAAGUCUCAAGUAGAGAUAGGCGCCGUGAUUGACAUAUUGUGA